CAUCAUCCUCACCUAUCACACCCAUCAGCCUCUUUGACGAUGACCAGAUAUACCAAGCUCGACGGUCGCAAGGCUCUACACAAAGCUACCGAUCUCUCUGCUCCAAGAGUCGCUGCGGACGAUGAGCAGCCCACCGCCUCAACGUCGGCCUCGCCACUGCCUCCUCCUUCCGUGCCCGCUCCUCCCUCAGCAGCAGCUCCAGCAUCAAUAACGGAGGCAGACACCGCAUCCGAUCCAAAGAAGUUGCAGUCGCGUUUGAAGCUUCUCAGACUGAAGAUCAAGAACGCAAAGUCCGAGGAGAAGAAGGCCUCCCUGCAAGGCGAGUUGGCAGAGGUGCAGCAGUCACUCCAUGCUGCCAAUGGUCAGAAGGGCAAGAAGGUCGCUAGUGAGCGGGACGGUAGCAGCAAGCGGAAGAGGGCGAAUGCUGAAGACGCAGCGGGAGCAGGAGAGACGAAUCCAUGGAAGAAGAUGGAAGCUGAACGACGAGCCAAGACGUCUGCCAGCUCAGAAGCCCGUAGAGAGAAGAGGAUAGCAGAGAGGAAUUCUCAAACGCGCUGCUUCGCCUGUCGAGCCAUGGGCCACGCCGCAAAGGAUUGUCCUCAAGCUCUCAAUUCCUCCACUACAGCUCUGGAAGGGGAGGAGCAGUCAAGCGAGCAGCCGCAAAAAGGCGCAACAUCCACCCUAACGGGCAAGGAGACAGUCGGGAUCUGUUUCCGCUGUGGAUCUACACAGCACAUUCUCGCCCGCUGUCGUCGCCCAGCUCCUCAGGUAGGCUCAGACCUGCCCUUUGCUACUUGCUUCGUCUGCCAGGAGAAGGGCCACCUCUCCUCCAAAUGUCCCCGGAACGCAUCCCAUGGAGUCUACCCCAAUGGUGGCUGCUGCAAGCUCUGCUCUUCCGUCGAACAUCUUGCAAAAGACUGCGAUCUACGCUCCUCUUCUGCUACAGUCGCGACAAAUGCUACCGUGGGAGGAGCAAAGAGACAGGUGGGUGCAGAUGAGGACGACUUUAUUGAUUUUGCCAGGAGGAAAGUCGAGGUGGAUCGAGAGGAGAAGAGGGACGGUAAGAGGCAGAAGGUAGCGAUGGGAGGUGGGAUUGCCGCACCAAAGAGGAAAGUUGUGUCUUUCUAAAGUGGUAUCAUUGUAAUUUUACAGAGGCAGAGGGACAGAGUGUGUACAGUAAUAGUACAAAUACAAGAGAUU